AUGGAAACGGAUGUUACUCAUACACCUCUUGUUAUUGUUUAUCCUGCAAACCACCAAGGAAUUGAACUGAAGUCAAGUUUCAUACAUCAACUUACCAAGUUCCAUGGUUUGGAUAGAGAAUAUCCUCAAAAGCAUUUGAAGUCCUUUCACAUGAUAUGUGUUAGCAUGUUGCAUGAACAUGUGACAUUGGAUGAUUUCAAGUUAACCGCCUUCCCGCUCACCUUGGAAGAUAAAGCUAGAGAGUGGUUAUUCAACUUACCAUUGGGAUCCAUUCGCACAUGGGAAGAGUUACUCAAAGCCAUCAAUAGCAAUUGUCCUCAACACAACAUUCCCGAACAAUUACUUCUUCAACAACUUUAUGAGGGUAUGAAUGAAAGAGACCGAAGGAUGAUUGAUGCUUCAAGCGGUGGUGACAUCUUCAACAAGACACCUCAUGAGAUAAGAUCACUUUUUGGAACCAUCUCUCAAAGCCAAAGGAACUUUGGGGCUCGAAAUGAAAUGAAGAGAAAUUCUCCACAAAUGGUUGGUGAAGUUAGCAACACUCAACACUUGGAAUCAAAGCUCUUAGAUUUGACUAAUGUGCUAAGUCAAAUGGUGGUGGGAAGUGGUCAACAAUUGAUGGUGUGUGGCAUUUGUGCAAUGACGGGGCAUUAUACGGAUAAAUGUCCCUCACUUGGCCAAUCAAGUGGUAACCAUCAAACGAGCCUUCAAGAACUCGUUACUUCUCUUGCUCAAAGUCAAAUCCAAUUUCAACAAGAGACCAAGAACACCUUCUCCAACAUUCAAGCACAAACUGGAGACUUGGCCACCGCUCUCAACAAGAUGGAACAAAGGGGAAAACUUCCAUCUCAAACCGAAAAGAACCCCAAUGUGAGUGCAAUAACUUUGAGAAGUGGGAAAACACUUGGCGAAAGCAACCCUAAAAGAGUUUCAAGAGAAGAAGAAGAUGAAGUCAUCAUUGUUGAACCUUCAAAAGUUGUAGCUCCCUCAAAGGAACCGGUUUUGCCAAACGUUGAUCAACCCGACUCUUCCAACAAACCCAUCAAACCAUUGGUCAUACCACCACCUUUUCCAUCCCAGUUGGCUUCUUCAAAGAAACAAGAGGAAGAAAAAGAAAUUCUUGAGACUUUCCGCAAAGUUCAAAUCAACAUUUCACUAUUGGAUGCCAUAAAGCAAAUUCCGCGCUAUGCCAAAUUUCUUAAGGAUUUAUGCACCAAUAAGAGGAAGUUUAAGGCAAAUGAAAAGAUCCAAGUCAAUGCAAAUGUAUAUGCGGUUAUCCAAAAGAAAUUACCACCUAAGUGCAAGGACCCGGGCAUGUUUGCAAUCCCUUGUACCAUUGGUGAUUUGCAUGACGAAAGUGUAAUGCUAGAUCUUGGAGCAUCAAUCAAUGUCAUGCCAUACUCAGUUUUUCAAUCUCUUAAUGUUGGACCUUUGGAAGAAACCGGAGUUAUCAUUCAAUUAGCGGACAAGUCAAGUGUAUUUCCAAGGGGCGUGUUGGAAGAUAUACUAGUGCAAGUCAAUCAACUAGUGUUUCCUGCGGACUUCUAUGUCAUUGACCUUGAAGAGAAAACCUCUUCCAAGUCUUCUAUGAUCCUUCUUGGAAGACGUUUCAUGAAUACCGCUCAUACGAUAAUAUAUGUCCAUAAUGGGAAGACCACCAUGGAGUUCGAUGGAGAGACCAUUCACUUCAACAUCUUUGAAGCAAUGAGGUAUCCUAGCAAUAUUUCUCCAUUGUAUCGGGUCGAUGUGAUUGAACCAAUCACCCAAGAACUAUUCGAGUUAUCACAUGGAGAUAUUUUGGAAAUGGUGCUCAACUUGAGUCUUGAUUGUGAAAGUUUGAAGAAAACAUUGGAUAUGUACAUAUUGGACUCCGAAGUUGAAGAGAUUAUGAAGACUUUAGAAGUUAAAAAUUCCACAAAGAAGGAUGUUUCUCAAGUUUCCUUAUCUUAUUCUCCAAACAAGAUGCCCCCUUCAAUAAUCCAACCACCCACACUUGAAUUGAAGGUCUUGCCUAGCCAUUUGAAGUACGUUUAUCUAGUUCAAGACGAAACUCUUCCGGUAAUUAUCUCAUCUCAAUUGAAAGACUUUGAAGAAGAUCAAUUGGUUGAAGUCUUGAAAGAACAUAAAGAGGCAAUGGGAUGGACAAUAGCGAACAUUAAAGGGAUAAGUCCUAAUGUAUGCACUCACAAGAUCCUCAUGGAAGAUGAUUGUAAACCUAGAAGAGAAGAUCAAAGAAGAUUAAAUCCUCCCAUGAUGGAAGUUGUUAAGAAAGAAAUAAUCAAACUCCUUGAUGGGGACAUGAUUUACCCGAUUUCCGAAUCCAAAUGGGUUAGUCCGGUCCAAGUGGUUCCCAAAAAAACAGGAAUCACAGUUGUUGAGAAUAACAAAGGAGUAAUGGUACCCACUUGA